AUGGUAAAUUUGAGAGGAGGAUUGGUUGGCCGCAAUACGCGUCCAGGAGGCACUCAGGUGAAGAAACACAAGAAGAAGCAAGAAUUUAUAAAACAACGUGAUGUGGAAAACGUUGCAAUAGAGUUGCAUGAAGAAGAAGUUACAACAGAAUUGGUUGGUGAUACACUUGUUGAUGAAGAAAGACAGGACGAUAUUCUUAAUCGUGAAGAACCAGAGCAGGAAGAGGUUCAGCAGCAUCAAGAAUGUACACAAAAAGAUGGAUUUCAGUAG